UGGAAUCAGUUAUUUGUUUGGUUUGACCGUGGGAAGUUAUACCCGCUGCAAAUAUGAUUACUCGGAUGUUAUUUGCGUUGUUUAUGGUGAUCCAGGUGACUGUCGAAAAUGCCUUUCCAACCCAGUGGCAAGAUGACAACUGGAUACAAAUUCCAACGGCCUCAGGGGAAAUGAUCUGGACCCAUAGGCUUGCAGUGAAUGCUCAGGCUCGUUUUAAGUUGGAUUUCACCGAAUUGGAUGUGGAGUUUGUGUUCUAUUCACGGCAGAAUUGGUACGGUCGAGUUUUUCGACUAAAUUCCUUUCGAAAUUUUGAUGAUGACGUGUUCCUGAGCUCGCGACCUACGCGGAUCGUCAUUCAUGGUUGGCUCAAUGAUCGAAACUCUCCGAUGAGCGUGAACAUUCGUGAUGCAUAUCUGAUCGGUUGGGACUUCAACGUGAUCGUGGUGGACUGGUCGAAAUGUGCCAACUGGUUGAAUUACGUAAGCGUCACUUCCUGUGUCCGAGUUGUAGGGAAGGCACUGGCCAAAGUGCUGGAAAGAUUGCACGACACCAAAGGACAGUCACUGGACGAUGUUUACCUGAUUGGUCAUAGUCUUGGAGCUCAUGCAGCUGGAAUGACCGGAAAGUUCUGUCGGAGAGGAAAUGUUUCGACGAUUGUCGCUUUGGAUCCCGCUCUGCCUCUGUUUUCGGUUCGCGAUCCGGAAAAUCGUGUGGAUUACGAGGAUGCUGUGUAUGUGGAAGUUAUCCAUACCAGUGGUGGUUUCCUGGGAUUCUUGGACCCGAUUGGUACGGCAGACUUUUACCCUAAUGGAGGCGCACGGCAACCAGGCUGUGGAUUAAAUGUUGCAGGAAUGUGCGCUCACUCCCGUGCCUGGGAAUUAUUCGCAGAAACUCUGAUGGAACCCGAGGAGCAUCUGCUGGCGCAUCAAAUCUACGUACUUGCAGAUUCUCCGCUAGAGCAGAAAACUGACGACACCGAGCGAUCGAAAAUGGGUGGAGAACCCUCCAGUCAGGCGAACGGGCUGUUCUAUAUCAAUACAAACGAUCGGAGUCCGUACUUUGGAGGCAAAAAGAAAUUUACUGGAUCACAUUAAAUAAAGUACAAAAACGCGAACCGACCACCUUUGUCGCUCUGAUCCCCAUAACCGACUUGCCGUGAUGACAGUCUCAGACAGAUUGAGAAACCUACCAGUGCCGCCACGGCGCCGGUGAGAAUAAAGUCAAUAAAUUGUCCAG